CUCCAUGUAGAAAUGGUGAGCGCUCAAGGAGUUCAUGUAGGCCCUAAGAAAAUCGAAGCCGUACGCACGUGGAAGACACCCAAGAACGUGAAGGACUUGCAGCAGUUCCUAGGUUACAACAGGUUCGUACCACAACACGCGAAAAUCGCUGCGGCACUCACGAAUCUGCUGAAGAAGAACACGCCCUAUAAGUGGGAACCCAAACAUGAAGAAGCCGUGGAGCAGGUGAAACAAGCGCUCACGUCCGCACCCGUACACAUCUUGCCAGAUCUCGAACGCGAUUACGUCAUCGAAGCUGACACUAGUGACCAGGCAGUGGGAGAAAUCUUGAUGCAAGACCAGAGGAAUGGACUUCAACCAAUCGCCUACAUCAGCAAAAAAAAUGCACGGGGCAGAACUAUACUACCCGAUACACGACAAAGAAGCCCUUGCUAUUAUCAUCGCCUUUAAAAAGUGGAGAUGUUAUCUCGAAGGACAAA